AGUUAAAAUGGAUGACUCAACUGUAUUUUGCUCAUCUUUACAAACUGACCCGGUCUCAGCUUCUGAGCUUGGUGCUAUAAAGUGUCAAGUGUGCUUCCUACCCGGCCAUGGCAUCCAUUUUGGUGCAUACACCUGUAGAGCAUGCGCUGCAUUUUUCAGGAUUGUGAGCAUUUCUAAGAGAGGUGUCACUUUUCACCACGACCAACCCACAAAUGUCGAAAUAAUAGUAAUUGCAAACCGAAAAUAGAUGGACGCUGGUUUUGCAAAACGUGCCGGCUAACUAGAUGUUUGAGCAUUGGAAUGUCCCCCGAGAAUAUUCAAUAUGAUCGGGACAAGUUCGAAUCUAUACUUAAAAGUUCAAAAAAUAAUCGUCAUCUUCAGAUUCCGAACACAGUGGAAUCGCAACUUUGUAUUAGUCCUCUUGUUUCGUUUUCCAAUAGACGCGAAAAAAGUUCAAAAUGCAUCGAUAUUUCUCAAAUUGUCAAGAAAGCUGUAGCUAAACUACUGAACCCUGCAAUGAUCAGAAAUAUUGACUCGACAAGUAACUUGGAGCAACUGACAUCGGGGUUUAAAAAUCUCCAAUCAGGUCAAAAAGAGAACAUACCUAAAAUUGAUCACAUCACCUUGGCACAUCAAACACAACAUUUUAAUAGCAGCAUGUGUAGCGCUGCAGUAUGGUUGGGUUACUCAGAUAGGUUUAAAACUUAUAGUGACAUGCAAAAAAUCAAAGUUCUCCAAGCAAUAUGGUGUAUUUGGGGACGUCUUGAAGGCAUAGUGAUGACAGCAAAAAUGAGGAUUAUAGGAAAAUGUGAGAAAGAGCAAUUUUUUUUGACAUCUGAUACACUUAUUGUCUACGAUAAUUUCUCAUCUGAUCUAGAUUAUUGUUCUACAUACCCAUUCGAAGAAAUGAAAUACUUUUUCAUUCCCCGUGAAAUGUUCCACGAGGAUGUUAUAUCCGAGUUGGUAAAGGUACAGCCAGAUGAUGUUGAGACCACUUAUUUGAUGUCUGUUGUAUGCCUUCAGUUAACAGGCAAACGAUAUGGCGGCUUAAUUCAAGAAGAAAUGGAACAAUUUCAAGACAUUUUGUCAAACGACCUACAUGAAUAUUACAUCAAUAACAAGAUGCCAAAAUACCUAUUGCGAAUCAAACAGCUGAUGCGAGUGAAGGAAAUGUUUUUGAGAAAUUUGAACAUUCGAAUGGAAAAGUACAAGAUUGCAGGGGUCUUCAAUGUUUUCAACCGUCCAAUUUCUAACUUAGAGUUUUUCACCGUUCCUAUCUAAUAUAUUUUAUUUUUAUUGCAAUACAUGUCUGUUAAUACAAAAGUAUGAAAAAUUAGUGGAAUUAUCAUUUUGGCAUCUUAUUUUCGAAUUUCUAAAUCGAAUCGAAUUGUGAUAAGAGUAGUUUCCAUACAACUAUAAUUUCCCAACCAAAUUUUUUUUAACUGAAAGUUUAAUGAUCACAAAAUUACUUUUUUGACUUCUUCUUAAGAUCUAUCAAAAUGUUUCUUAUCUAUGGUUCAAUGAAGCAGUAUGAAUUCAUAUGAUAUCAUAACGACAAAAAUUUUUUGACUAUGAUCAAAAAAAUCAGUUCAGCUCAAACCCAGUUUUUUUUUGGUGUAGAUAAAUUCUAUUUGGUUUUAUUUUGCCAAUAAUAU